UCUACAAUGACAUGAUAUUUUAUUGAUUUCCGUAAAGUAAAUGCAUUUAAAAAUACAAAAAUGCAAUGUUAUUUUUUAUGUUCGUGCUCUUACUUACUCAAAUAGCACGGUGCAACCAUGUGGGUAGUACAUUAUUCCACAAACGGCUUGCUAGGGCUGAAUGCUGGAGCGAGGAAGACAUAGCUCGUUUGCGUGCUCGAAAAAUAUUUGAAGAGAGUAUAGUACCACCAGUUACAUCGCCGGAUAAAGUAAAUGAUGAUUAUAUUAAAAGUAUACUCAGGUAUUUUCGUAACGCUUUAAAAACAGCCGAAACAAAUGUAGAUAAGCAAACUGCGGUAAUUUUAGAAGAAGCCUUGUCGGAUACUAUUGGAGCGCACAUGAGAAGUGAAAUCCUGCCAACAGUCAGAUUUGCCUUUUACGCAGGAUACGUUCCUUAUAGAAGAGUAAGGGAAUUACACGACUUCUAUAAUGACCUGAAAAAGUUUCUAAAUACACAAGGCUUGGGCUGGAACAGACCUUCGAGUAUACCGGAACUGUCAAAUAUUACCGUUGAAAAAAUUCGAAUAGGAUCCGGAAGAUAUUAUUUGAAUCCAUGCGCCAGUUUGGUCAUCAAACGUGAUGCAAAGUCUUGUAUUCAUUUUCCGCCGCUCAAAACGGACGAUGAUUUACGACCAUCUGUGGUCACACUACCUUUAAAAUCCGGUGGUUUAAUCAAUCUGGAGUCACCGAGUUCGCAAAAUGCUUUGCUGAAAUAUUAUACUACCGCCUCGAGAUGUAUAUUGCACAAUUCGCCGGAAUCAUGUCGACACGCAGAUUUCAUGAGCUUUAAUAACGAACUCUGGCACUGGAUGAAGAGAGAUGUCGCUCCACAUCUCGACGAUGAGAAAUUGUACGCGGCUUACGGGGGCGUUCUGCGUAUAGCUGCUGCAGCACAAAAUUAUGGAAAAGGUUUACCUCGGCGAAAUAUUUUCGAGUCUCAGUACGCUAGAUUGUCGAAAUGGCAUCCAUGGAAGACAUUAAGGCGAUCAUGCGCUAAUAUUCAAAAGGAUUGGACAGCGCUUUCGUAUGUCUCCGUAGUAGUUAUGAUAUGCGUUGCAAUUUGCUUGCUACAAAUAUGCUACAGUUACAUUGUAGAUGGUGAAGGGUGUCAAUGUAAAACGAAGCCGAAUUGUAUUUGGAAGUGCAAUGAUGUAUCGUAUGCGAAGGUAGAAUCGAGUAUUCCGGCAAUGCUACCGUCUCACCAGAGCGCUGUGUAUUACAGCGAGCAAAAGCGAGUGAAGAGACCAAAUUCGAAGACCCGAACCUCAUCGCUUGGCUCUAUACGGACACAAAAAGUUUACGAUAUGCACGAAAACACAGAAAAGCUCAUGGCUGUCAUAAUGAGCGACAACGAGAACACAAGUGAGGAUUCACCUCCUCCAUCUAAAAGCAGUACAAAGGGUAAUAAAGAAGGCUUGAACGCGAGCCAAACGGACAGGUCGAAGAGUCCACCGAAGAUAGAAACUCCCGUUACUCAAAUACAGAGAAGAGCACCGAAGGCCAGAGCGCAAACGCCAAAGUUCUCCACGAGUACUGUCACAAAUUCUGUAAUGACCUACCAAAGGGAACAGGAGACCGAGUCUUGGUCUGAAAGUGUUAGUUCUACCUCGGCGCGAUCUUUUUCUUCGACCGGUUCCAAAUCACGAUGUCGCAAAUCAAAAAGUUCGCGUGACCUGGCGUGGGCGCGCCGCGUUGCGUCCAAGCAUUCCUUACACGCAAAGUCUUCAGGAACAGAACUCGAUAUGAAUUCUUAUAUCACUCCCAAGUCGCACCGGUGACUAGCGAUAGUAACAUUUUUUUAGGAACCAAGUAGUUUAGAAAUAAUUUACAUGAUAAUUUUUAGGAUGUUUCAUUUUGUAGGAUGAUGUGUACCUAUCAUUUAAGGCAUAUUUAUUUAAGAAAUGUUUAAAAUUUGUAAGAAUGUUUAUCGCUUUAUGUGAUGAGUAUAACGCUUU